UAAAAUUUGUUUUGAAAUGUGGUUCAGCUUGUCGCGUGCACCUCAUAAUAUUUAGUUUUUAGUUUGUUAAUUAGAUUGUCAUUUAAUAAUUUACUAUGAAAUAAGUUACUUAUUCUAUUUACAUAUAUUACUUUACUUUUCCAAUCUUUAGUAUAUUUUUAACGUCCUGUAUAUUCUAUUUAAUCUUUUUCUUUUAUUUUCGUGAUAUUCUAACUCAAGAUGUGUGAGAGGCAGCAAUUUGAUAAUCUCCUUGGUGGGGAAAGUUCUCUACCAGACUAUUUUCCAAUUAAAGAUUUUGUUUCAUCCAGAACAAGAGAAAUUCUAGCUUUGACUGAAGCAAUUGAUGAUCCCCAAAGAGUUAUAGUUAUACCUCAAAAACUCCCAAAACACAUGCAAAGACGUGUAAUGAGUCACAAUCCCAAGAGAUUGCCCAGAAAAUUCCGAGAAGCACAUAUAGAUAUGCAAUUGAAGUCAGGCAUUCCGAAUGUUGUGAAAACACCAAGACGAAAGUAUCGUAGACGUCCUCAGAAUCUUCUACAAGAAUACAACAGACGAAAGAGGCAGUUUGUCUGGUUAGAAACGCAUAUUUGGCAUGCCAAACGAUUUCAUAUGAUAGAAAAAUGGGGCUACAAAUUGCCAAACUUUCCAAAUGAUAAGAGCUUUAGAGCUUGUUAUAGAGCGUGCAAAGAACACUGUCUUUUGCAGGACAUCUCAUACUUCUCUUGCAUCGAAAUUGUUGGAGAACUCGAUGACAUUUUGAAAGGACUGAACCAACUGACCAGCACAGAGUGCGGGCUCACAUUCGGUGCAAAGUGCUCGUUGCAAGGUACAAGAGAGUGCUCAACAACAGUCUUCAGAGUGAAGGAAUAUCCUAACGGUGUCAUUGGAACGGUCAAGUUCAUGUGGAAGCCUCCCAGUGAUAAUUCGAAAAGAACACUGUGGGUAUGGUGUCAUGCGGCCUAUCAUUCAGAAUUGUUUGAUGAGUUGGUGAAAGUUUUCAGGUUGAAAAAUGAUGAAUGUGAGUCGAUGGAGGUGGACUCGAAUGUAGAUCCGAAAUUGGAGACACGGAACGUGCCAUCCAGUAAAAUUCCGAAAUACUUGAGCACAGUUAAUGGUGUAACUGUUUCCCAGCUCAAAGAUACUCUGAACCGGUUCCGGUUGACUGGACCGUUAUCUCAGCCAAUACUCACCGAUCUUUUACGAAUUAUUGAUCCUGACAAAUUGAAUAUCACUGAUGAAUCGCUUGAAAAUGCCAGAACCACCUGGGCGCACAAUCUACUAAACAAGUCUGAAGCUAUUGAAAUUCUUAGGAAGAAAAAAGAAUUCUGGGAGAAGAUGAAACUUGUCACCGAGCCAUCCCAGUUACCUCCACACAGCAUUAUACCAAUCACUGUUUCGGAUCCACGCUACCAUAUGCCGCAAAUCAGAACGAAGCAGGUCUCUGAUUCCGAAGGACAAUCAGGCAUUUGGCCCAUGAAAACAAUUUCACCCGAUUUCGUGCAAGAUAAUCCCAUGUGGGAACCGGCGAUUAGAGACCAGUCCACAGCUGAAAAAUUGUCCACCGCAGAAUUGAACCAGAUCAAAUCAGAACAACUAGUUCCUGGUGCUUGUGAUUUGGAACAUAUUGCUCCAGCCAGCUUUCUCCCAGUGGUUCUCAUUCAAAAUCCUGGUUUCAAACCACAGAUCACGAGAAAAGGUUGUUCGUCCAAGUUUGGAAGUGGUUGGGACUUGGUGGUGCCUGCGGGGUGGGCGAUGCCAGUGUGGUUGGGCAUGGUGUGGCGGGGGGCACGGGUGGGGGGUCUGAGAGAGAGUGGCUCCAUGCAACGCGAGGCGGGCUCCAACUGCGAUCUGCUUGCUCCCGACUCUGCUGCCGGCCAGCGCGACAGUCUAGCCCAAAAAUCUGCCAACACUGAUGAAUUCUUCAGGAAACCUCCAGCAAAACGACCAAAUUACAUCAAGUUGGGAAUUCCUACUCCUUUCCACCAGCCCUGGAAAGAGCUUAUAAGGGAUUGGAACGGCUCUGAUAAAUCUCCUUCGUCAUUUUGUGUGUUGAGAAGCAUUGCAGUUCUUCAAAAGCUGAACAAUUUGUUGCAAGAACUCAAAAACAUGUCAUCAAGUGUCCUAAGUGAAAGAAUUUCGGAAAUCGGUCUAGAAGAAUCAUCUUUCCUAGUAGCGAUAAAUGUGAGAAUGUGCAAACGAGGCACUUUGUGUGGCAAUUCGCCGUUGUGUCUUCCGUCGAAGGAUGACGUCGAAAAGUUGAAAGGGAAUUCCACUUUCAUGGGUCCAGUUGAACCUUCUCAUACUGAUAUUUAUGAAGAGGAAAGACGUUCCACCCGUGAUGCUCAUCAGAAAGAGCUGAUCAGACUGCGGAAAAGAAGGAAAAGUGCCAAAGAUAAGAACAGUGUUGAGGUGUUGAAAGUCUUGAAAGAAAGAACUGAAUUAAAAGUCAAAGAAGAAAAAGCUCUGAUGCAAAGGUUAUGGCUACCUUCUGAGAUUGGAAAUUUGAGAAAUAGCUGUAGUCGUGAAGUGAUAGGGUUCUUGGAAGAUGGAGCGUUUUCAUACAAGGAAGCAUGUUCUACUGGUCAGGGCUAUAUAGCAUUGACUGCUCUGCUGAAAUUCUUCUCACAUUGGAAGACUAUAUCAUCUUCAAAAUCGCCAGUAAUUCUUGUUCGCUCUCCCUCUAGUUACCAAUACUCAUUCGCUGAAGUAUCCAUAAUGUUAUAGAAUUAUGAGGUGGAAUAUUAUUACAGUCCUUUUCUGAUCAUAUUAUUUGAUUUGUGUAUUAUGAAAUGUGAAUGUGAAUAAAUAUUACGCUCCUCUGAAUAAUCAAGCAGGGUAAAAACUGAUUCCUCUUAAAUUGAAAGUGCAGAAGGAAAAUUGUUCUGUUCAUUUUCCCCAGAAGAUCUAUUAUAUUUUGAUAGCGAGUUCUUGCUCAGUUCUGAGCGCUUAAAUCCACCAAAAACGAUUAGACUGUUUAAGGGAUUUUGGGGCGAGUAUAAACUACGAAUUAUGAGAAUAUUUAUAUUUCUGGUGGAUAAUUAGAAUACUAACUCAAAUUCUACAAGAAAGAUUUUAAUGUUUUAAAAUAUAAGAAUGAGAUUCUAUAUAAGUAAUAUCAGAAAUACAGAAAUUAUCAAUUGAAUAAAAGUCAAGAACAAUAUUAUUAAAAUACUCUCAUAAUUAUAUUAUAAAUUGAUAAGUUAAUAAUGCAUUUUAAAUUGAUUUGGGGGUAAUUACUCAGAUGUUUGAACUACUCGUUCCACAAUAAUUAUUAUGGUGUGCUUUUUUACAAAUAAUUGUUUAUUAAAAAAUGUGGCGUGUCCUAGUGGUUUCACACGACUUGGCUGGACACCUUCACACAUCCUACAUGUGAGCCUAUUCCUCACAACUGUUCAACUAGUGAUUUAAUUCUCUUUAUUGACUGGAAAAGAAUAGUAAUUAAUGAUUUCAUUUUUCUAUCAAUUAUUUACUGGAAGAUAGAAUAAUUAAUAAGAUUAUUGAAAUAAUAUGUUUUAUAAACCACAUAAAUACAAAUUCUUAUAUUUUUGUAGAAUUUUAUAAAUUCAUUUUUAAGAAAAAUAUAAGUUUGAAAUUGAAACAGUA